AUGGAGAACAACAGUUACAACGUCGCAACUAUAAACAUAAACACAAUAACCAAUCCCACCAAACUAAACGCACUUCAUAGUUUUCUACGAACGUUGGAUAUCGACAUUGUUUUCCUACAGGAGGUUGAAAACGAGCAACUCUCGCUACCUGGUUAUAAUGUAAUAUGCAAUGUUGACCACGCGAAAAGAGGGACAGCUAUUGCCUUAAAAGAACACAUUCAGUUCUCCAACGUUGAAAAAAGCCUCGACAGUCGCCUCACAUCGCUGCGUAUAAAUAACACAACCUUGUGCAAUAUAUACGCCCCAUCUGGUACGGCUAUGAGAGCUGAACGAGAAAGGUUUUACAACAACACACUAGCAUACUACCUUCGGCACCCGACUGAGCACGUGAUCCUGGCAGGAGAUUUUAACUGCGUACUUCGGCAAUGUGACGCAACUGGUAGCAACACGAGUCCCGCUCUGCAAGCUACCAUACAACAGAUGCAGCUACAUGAUGUGUGGGUAAAGCUAUGUCCACAAGUACCCGGUUACACAUACGUAACACACAACUCGUCUUCAAGGCUCGAUCGUUUUUACAUCAGCCCGAGUCUUCUUAACCAUCUGAGGAACGCAAAUACUCACGUGUGCUCGUUCACGAACCACAAGGCUGUCACGGUGAGAAUAUGUCUCCCUCAUCUCGGGAGAGAACCUGGUCGCGGCUAUUGGUCUCUCCGCCCACACCUUCUGACGACUGAAAACAUUGACGAAUUCAAAAUCAAAUGGCAGUACUGGACUCGCCAACGUCGGAAUUUCCAAUCAUGGACAGAAUGGUGGCUAAAAAUCGCCAAGCCAAAAAUAAAAUCAUUUUUUCGAUGGUUAUCGAAGCUGGCGUUUGACGACUUUCAUCGUGAACACCAGCGAUUAUACAAUCAACUUCGCAGAGCGUACGAUUGUUACUACCAAAAUCCGAGUAUGUUAAAAACGAUCAACCAGCUUAAAGCACAAAUGUUGGUGCAUCAGCGGAAAUUCACUCACAUGUUCGUCCGCAACAACGAAACGUACAUUGCAGGAGAACCGAUGUCUACAUUCCAAUUAGGUGAGAGAAGAAAAAAAAGAACGAUCAUCACGAAACUGCAGACUGAGAACGAUAAUAUGCUAGAACGCUCCGAAGACAUCGAGCAGCACAUGUUGGAAUACUUCCGAAAAAUGUACGCAACGGACGAAACACCAAACGAUCGUGACACAGACUUCGUUAGCAACAGGGUGAUACCUGAAAACGAUGAAGCGAACAAUGUUAGCAUGAGAGAGAUAACGACGGCAGAAAUUUUAGCAGCAAUUAAAACGAGCGCCCCGAAAAAAUCUCCAGGUUCCGACGGACUACCGAGAGAGUUUUACUUGCGAACGUUUAAUGUGAUACAUAGAGAACUCAAUCUCGUGAUGAACGAGGUUUUACAAGCAAACUUCACGGCCGAAUUCGUGGACAGUGUCAUAGUGCUCGUCAAGAAAAAAAAGACAGACUAG